UCUAAAACGUAUACCAGCUUUUCUUUCCAAUAUUUUGUUUUCCUUUGUAUCGACAGACUCUAUUUACGCCAUUUUCAUUCGCGAAAACAAAUCCACGUGGAACAGAUUUUCGCGUAAAUCAAGGAUCAGAUAUUAUGCUGUAAUACGACCUCUUCAAUUGUGGGAUGUUGAUAAAAGGGGAAAAGUUAUGUUAUGUCUUGCAUGGGUAGGAUCUGUUGUAUGUUCGAUGCCGCAGAUGGUGGUAUUUCAUGUGGAAACCCAUCCAAAUAUCUCUUGGUAUUCUCAGUGCGUUACAUUUAAUACAUUUCCAACAUAUACUCAUGAAAUCACAUACUCCCUCUUUGGAAUGGUUAUGAUGUAUUGGCUCCCUCUUAUCGUGAUAAUAUAUACUUAUACAAGCAUCUUAUUGGAAAUAUGUAGAAGAUCAAAAAAGAGUGAACAUGAUAAAAUUCGUCGUUCUUCUAUGGGUUUCCUAACACGAGCAAAGAUAAGGACUCUAAAAAUGACGGUAAUCAUUGUUGCUGUAUUCUUCGUUUGCUGGACACCCUAUUAUGUUAUGAGUCUUUGGUAUUGGAUCGAUAGGCAAUCAGCAUAUAAAGUUGAUCAACGAAUUCAGAAAGGUCUCUUUCUAUUUGCAUGUACAAAUUCUUGUAUGAAUCCCAUAGUUUAUGGAGUCUUUAACAUAAGAGACCGUAACAAGACAUCUGUACGAUCAACCACUUUAGAAACUCGGAUUACUCCAUUGUCAUUGUCGCUCAAACUUUUUGAAUGAUACAAAAUUUCUUAAUGUAAUAGAUGAAAUAAUUAAAAAGCAUUGGAGGUAAUAUUCACAUUAUAAGUGACUUUUAGAAAAAACCGGGAUUAAGAAUUGCUAUGUUAAAGUAUAGUCAAUCCUUCUAUAACACGGUUAAUUAGUUUCGUGUUGUAUCGAAAUCGUAUUCUUAGAGUACUGUCAAUUGAGUUGUUCAGGGGAAUUCUCUGUUCAACCAAAACAGUAUGAUGGAAAUAUUUGUGUUAUUCAAGUGUUAUUUAAUUAUUAUGUUGUGCUAUACGGAAAUCGUGUUAUAAAAGGAUCGUUGCAAUUUUUGCAUUUUGUUAUACCAAAACCAUAUUUUCAGAGUACCAUGCUAUAAGAGGGUUAAGUGCAUCAAUAAUACUACUUUCCUAUGACAAGAAAUGUUGUAAAAAUAAGAAGAAUCUGUAACACGUGAAAUGAGAAGCAUAUUGAUUAUACAGUAACAUAUAACUGAAAUUUAUGACAAAUUAUUAUAUUUGCUUCAUUUUCUUAAUACAUUAUUUUUGAAAAACCAUUUGUUACGUAUUUUACAUUAUAGUAAGUAACUGCUUGCCUGAAAGUAUGUAUCAAAUAAUUAAAAAAAAAAUUAUAAAAUCUACAUCACUAACAUGCUCUCUUGAUGAGAAUUAGUAUAAUAUGGAAGCACACAUUCUCACGUUGUAUCGCUAUUGUAAGUACAAUGCACUCCAAAAAUGAGUUAAACAUGUGCAUUCAAAUUAAUUCUCUUAUACGAAAACAGUCUUAUUUUAUUGUUUUGAAUGUAAGAUGAUUGACAACCUCAGUUGCUUUAAAUUGAAAAUCAAUUAACCCUUUCACAGUUUUGCAUGGCAAACGGCGUAACAAUUUCUGUGAAAUUGUUUAUUUUUUCAGAUAUAGCACCUUUAUGGCUAAUAAAGGAGUUUAUAAACAAUUUGCACACGAACAACCGAAAUGUAAAUAUUACAUUAUUUUGCUACUGCCUCACAUUAUUAUGUCUUCUAAAAUGUUUAAAGGAGUCUACAAUCAUCAUGAGUUUUGCUUCUCAAAUUAAUUAUGUAGAACAUACGUCAGUUAUUUCUCGUGAGUUUCUUUAUAAGAAAUAGUCGCUUUAUUUUCAAAAUAGACAGUGAUCAUAAUAAUGGUAACAAUAAAUCAACGGUGAAAUGUUUUCAGUACUAUCAUAUGUUGGGUCUAGAGAAGUUGCGAUUGGAAAUUAAUUUUUCUCAUAUUAGACUGUGAAAGAGUUGAAGAAGAGUAAAGUCGAGUCUUCAAUGUUAGUAUCAAACAAAUCACAUUACGUAACGAGUAUUCAACAUCACAGCAAAACAUGGAAAAAGAUCUCGAGCAAGAUCUAUAUUUAGUAUAAAAAAAAUUCAUUUUCUCUUUGUGUAUUUUUUUGUGUAUAUUAUUUUGAACACUUUCAUUUAUCAAUACAGUCGUAAGUCUUUAAGUCAACAUUGUUAAAGUUGUACAGCACCGGUAUUUUAUCGUAACCAGUAUGAAUUAAAAAUGUAUUGCAUUUUCGAUCUUACUUAGGCAUUUAAAUCUUUCCAAUAAGGGAAAAGACAAAAAUAGCAUCUCAGUUAUAAUUUGUAGUGUAAAAUGAAAGUAAUUAAUGUGUCGAUUUUCACUUUAAAGUAUUCAGUUUGGCGUGAAGCACCUUAUAUGGAAACAGCCCUAGUACUUACGUUUCUUCACCAUCGUGGAUGAACUUGGUGGAAAGACCAUUGUUGAUACGCAUUAUUGAUGUCACAUGGCAUUAGAGAUAAUUGUUGUGUUUGGGGAUGAAGUGCCAUACACUUUUUGUGUACUCUGUGUAAAAGUGUUUUCGUUUUCUACGAAGAUAUAGACAUUUAAUGUUUUACUCUUAACGAAUAUUUCUAUUCCACUGCAGAACAUGCACAAGUAUUAGGUUGUGUAAUAUGAAGUAUUAGAUUUUGCUGAAAAAAGAAACCUUAUUUGAUGUUAUAAAGGACGUUUAGUCAAUCAAAAUAUGCUCUAUUUGAUUCUAUAUACUUCUGC